AAAGAUCUCGCGUUAGUGUGGUUACCUGGGGAACGUGAGCCUGAAAAGUUGCACUUGUCUGCUCUGCUUUUUCCCAUCGAACUAACCUCCGGAGCUAGCCUUACAUUCGCAGGUAAUUCAUAGAUAAAUGUGUGGGACACAACCUCGUUUAUGAAGAACGUAAUGUGGAGCCAUAUCAACGCAUUUCGUACAACUGACAUUCACUUCAAGGUACUUUUGUCAGAGAAGCCAGCAAUUGAUAUUCUGCAAAAUGCCGUCACCCCAAGUCCUCCAGCCUGUUCUUAAAAUGAAGGUGGAUGAGCUCUUUCUCAACUGGCUGAGUGAUCGUGCGACCCAGGCCCUACUAAAAGAUUAUCUUGACCUAAUUAAAAGUGGAAAACACAUUGAUUUGAGUAGUGGGGACGCCCAGGACAAAAGAUCUUUAAGCUUGAAUGAAAACAACAAUGUGGCAUCACAAAAAAACCUGGCAGAGAAGAAGCCUGCUGCCCUCAGUACUCCUUCCAGCUCCACAUCUGCUACCACCCUCCCCUCAGGCAGUAGCAGUAAUACCAGAGUGGCAGGACCCAGUGGCAGAGUACUACGGAGGUCUGUCAGCACGAAAAAGGCCCAGGUGAGGACAGAGGAGCCCGUCACCACAGCGCUGAGCGAAAGCAUUCCAAAGUUUUACUUCCCACAGGGCCGGCCCCAAGCCAACCUCAACAUCGAUGGCCUCAUUUUCAAAAUUGAGAAAAUAUUUUCUCAAUUCCCAAAUGAAAGGGCCACCAUUGAUGACAUGGGGCAGGUUGCCAAGGCUUGUGAGUGCCCCCUCUAUUGGAAAGUGCCAUUGUUCAACUCUGCUGGAGGCGACAGGACGGGCUUCGUGUCCGUUCACAAGUUGGUGGCUAUGUGGCGAAAAACUCUGCAGACCUGUCACGAUGACGCUUCUAAAUUUGUGCACCUCUUGGCCAAGCCUGGCUGUAAUUACCUGGAACAAGACGACUUUAUUCCAUUCCUGCAGGAUGUGGUGAACUCCCACGCAGGCCUGGCCUUUCUAAAGGAGGCACCAGACUUCCACUCACGAUACAUCACCACGGUAAUUCAAAGGAUAUUUUACAAUGUGAACCGGUCAUGGACUGGAAAAAUAACUUGCUCAGAGCUCAGGAAAAGUAACUUUCUGCAGAAUGUGGCGUUGCUGGAUCAGGAAGAAGACGUGAACCAGCUGACAGAGUUCUUCUCUUAUGAACAUUUCUAUGUCAUCUACUGUAAGUUCUGGGAGCUAGACACAGACCAUGACCUCUACAUAGAUCCGAAAGACCUGGCACGGCACAAUGAUCAAGCCAUCUCACAUAAGAUGAUUGAGAGAAUAUUCUCAGGAACAGUGACAAGGGACGGACGAGUGUACAAGGAGGGGCGGCUAAGUUAUGCCGAUUUUGUCUGGUUCCUCAUCUCUGAAGAGGACAAGAAGACUGACACCAGUAUAGAGUACUGGUUCCGCUGUAUGGACUUGGAUGGGGAUGGGGUUCUCAGCAUGUAUGAGCUGGAGUACUUCUAUGAGGAACAGUGUCAGAAGCUGGAGACUAUGGCUAUUGAGCCCCUUCCCUUUGAGGACUGCCUCUGCCAAAUGCUUGACCUUGUGAAGCCUGAGGUUGAAGGUAAGAUCACACUGCGGGACCUCAAGAGGUGCAAAAUGUCCCACAUCUUCUUUGACACUUUCUUCAACAUUGAGAAGUACCUGGACCACGAGCAGAAGGACCCUUUCUCUGUUAUAAGGGAGGUGGAGACAGACAACCAGGAAGUUUCAGACUGGGAGAAAUAUGCUGCAGAGGAGUACGACAUCCUGGUGGCAGAAGAAGCUGCCAGCGACCAGUGCAACGAUGUGUGUGACGAUCCUUUGAGCCCUUUAGGGCAGCACAUCUCCAGUGAGCUUGGUCUGACAAAGAGACACCUCUUUGAGAUCCCCAAUCCUCACUGCAACCUGGACCUGGAUGAUUAUGAGUAUGACGAUAACUUUGAAUGACCCUCAUCCCAGCAGCUCAGACAGCAGGGUUAGCGAUAGAAUCGCGUCAAGCCAGAGAUUCACUUGACUUCCCUUCCUGCAUACGGGACACAUUUCAGAGUGAACGCAAAGCCAGAGGACACUGUCAGAGCACUGGAGAGGUGGGAACUGCUGGAGAAAUGGACACAGCUGAGUAACCAAACAUGACGUGGCCUGAGCAGAAGGUAGUUUUUCCACAACUCUGUACCAGAUGUUUGAAUAUUUUCACCUGAAAAAAAAAUUUCAUGACAAUUUCUAAAGUUUUAGACCUUUUGUCCCUCCUCACAUGUUAACACAGGACAAGUGUGCUCUGCAUGUAAUGCUUAGUAUAAAUAAUGUUUGGAGCGAGUGGUGUUUCAUCUCACCGCCAGUAUUGUGUUGACACAUUCACAUGUGCUAAAGCACAUUUUUACAGCUCUCUGAACUGUUGGAGGGAAACCACGUUGACUUCAUUCAGGUUUGGAACUAAUUAUUCUCUGAAGUCAUUGGCUAAUUUUACAUUCCAGUGAUCACAACUGAAGGUUUUCUGUAAGGCUGUAAAUUCAGAAAUCAUUUGUUGCAAUGAGAAGUUCCUGUGGAUGCCAAACAAGUCAUGAGGGAGCCUGCUGUACACACACAAGCACACAGUUUAGAUGUUGUACAGCUGUGUUCGUUAUGACAUGGACUCACUGUACGAGUGAGUUUUAUUAGAGAUUAAUUUAUAAAUGACUGUAAAUAUUUAUUUAGUGCUUGCUGUGUUGUAAAUGAUUUGGGCAAGUGUUUUAGACAGAUUCUUUUUUCUAUGUACUUAAUUUGAACAUACUUUGACAGAACAAAGGACCCAGUUUUAAAAUGUUUUGUUUUUCUUUAAGUGAUAAUAAAGCCUAAGUUAAUGCAAGAGUAAAGACAACAGAUCUGUCUAGUAAAACUGCUUACUAUACUACAGAUAUAGACUCAGCUGCCACUUUAUUAGGCACACCUGUGCAAUUGUAUGCACGUCAGUGCAACAU